AUGGGGUUCAAAUUCGGCUCCUACGAGUCCAUCUGCGAGGGCAUCGCCAUGACAUGCUGCCCGCUCCUCGGCGACGGCCUCGGCCUAGAACCGCUCUGCUACUCGAGAAACGUCGAGAUCAAUAGCACAAUCAUCUUUCAGCCCGCGACGUGCUUUAUCCAUAUCGGUGCGCUCAUCAUGACGGCCAUCAUGGUCUACCACAUCCGGUCCAAGUAUACGGCCGUCGGCCGCAAGGAGAUUGUUCUCUUCUUCUACCUCUACGCGCUCUCCGAGGUCCUCGUCAUCUUCCUCGACUCGGCCAUCGUGCCCACCUACUCGGUCGCCUACCUCUGGCUGACGGCCGUCUACAUCGGCCUCAAGACGGCGACGUUCUGGUGCCUGCUGCUCAACGGCUUCGUCGGCUUCCAGUUCGCCGAGGACGGCACGCCAAAGUCGCUGUGGUCGCUCCGCAUCACCUGCGUCAUCAUGUGGGGCAUCGGCUUCUUUGUCUCGGCCGCCACCUUCAAGGGCUUCGCGGGCAUGUCGCCCAGCAUGCAGACGGGCCUCUACAUUGUCGAGCUCGUCUUCCCGCUCGUCUGCGUCGCCAUCUACAUCGUCUCGCAGGUCAUCCUGGUGCUGCGCACCCUCGACGACCGGUGGCCGCUGGGCGACAUCGUCUUUGGCACGGGCUUCUUCGCCGCCGGCCUGGUGCUCAUGUACGGCUUCGGCAAGCAGAUCUGCAAGGCCGUCAAGCACUACAUCGACGGAACCUUCUUUGGGUCGCUCUGCAUGCUGCUCGCCGUCAUGAUGGUGUACAAGUACUGGGACUCGAUCACCAAGGAGGACCUCGAGUUCAGCGUCGGCUCCAAGCAGUCGGUCUGGGAGGUCAAGGACCCGCUGCUGGGCUCCGAGCCGGACAUGAUGAUGGGCAGCGCCCAGACCCACGAGUCUUCGUACCGCGGCAUCAGCCCCAGCCGCCUCACGCCGCAGCAGCAGCAGCACUCUGCGCCCGGCCUCGGCGGCGGGAAACAGGGCAUGGGCUACCCGCCCAACGGGCAGUACGGCACGCCCUACUGA